UCUGGCGGGCCGUGAAGGCAGCAUCACACCCCAACAUCCGGGACCUUUGGAUCUAACCACUGGGCAGUGGAAGGCGCUGGAAAGGCGGACUGAUGACAGCUGUCAGUGUGGACUAAAACACGACCGAUCUCUGAAGAGCAGCCAAUGGCUCUCCCCUGAACCUCCGGGAGAAAGGGACAACACCUGGGCAGGUGUCGCGGGUUAUUUGAAGGUGUCGUGAAGCUGUUGGCAGUCAGAGGCUCUUGUGGCGCUCCGGAGCAGCAUGGGCACUCAGGGCUCUGGGAGGAAGCGAGCGCCCCUGAAGGACCGCUUCUCCGCAGAGGACGAGGCUCUGAGUAGCAUCGCUCGGGAGGCGGAGGCGAGGCUCGCAGCCAAGAGGGCGGCCCGGGCCGAGGCCCGAGACAUCCGGAUGAGGGAACUGGAGCGGCAGCAGAAAGAGCGCUCGUACCUCUCCUCCAGCGGGAGCAACAGGAAGUGGGGUCAGAUCCACCAGUGGAUGGCCGACUCGGACAAGGCCAGAGGCUCUAGUAGUGGUAGUGUGACCAGCCGCCAUCGCCGGGGGCUGGAGGAUGAUGUCAUGUCAGCCUGCAGCUACAGGUCGACCUCGUCGUCAGCGGCUCGAGACGCCGGCUCCACGAGUCGCUCCAGCACCCGCAGAAAGGAUGUGUUGUCUGACGGCCUCUCCUCUAGCUCCACCCUCAAGACCUCCCGCUCCUCUAGUUCUGUGUACAGCGACCUGCUGGGCCACAGACGCUCCUCCUCCAGCGCCUCCAGGAAGGACCUGCUGACUGGACUGUACCACGAUCAAAGGAACUACAGCAGCCUCACGAAGACCAAAGCCACGCCUCCUACCUCCACCUCCACCUAUCGGCCUCGGCUUUCCUCUAAACGUUUCCUGGCUCCUCUCCUCCAGGCGACCACUGCCUCGUCCUCCAGCGUGGGCCCAGCACUGCCUCGCAGCUACAGCAUGGCCUCGGUGUACGAGGACGCCGGUCUCUUGGGCUCCAGUUCCAGGCCUCCCUCUGCCCUCAGCUGGUACUCCAGCUCCACCCGCAGCAGCCCUGUGUCUUCAUCACUGACUCAUGUUCCUCAGUCUUCCUCUGAUGAUGACACGGUCAGCAGUGUUUCCCAGGAACGUUUCGGUCGCGGCCGCAGAGACAGUGUGUCGUCUGACUUCUCUGACAUCAGUGAGUCGGCAGCUGAUUAUUUCAGCCGUACCAGCCGCAGAGGAAGCAUCGUGUCCGACGUGGAUGACGUGGUCAUCCCGGAGCUGGACGCUCUGGAUGAGAAAUGUGACAAGCAGUUUACAGACUUCAGUCGGCCGUCCUCCCGCUGUGCCACCCCCAGCCUGUCGCCGGCCACGCUGGCGUCUCUGGGAGGAAGCUCGUCCCGACGGGGCAGCGCCGACGCCGGCAGCGCCUACGACCCCGACAGCAGUCUGAGUGAACUCAGGGAUAUCUAUGAACUAAAGGACCAGAUUCAGGAUGUAGAAGGGCGGUACAUGCAAGGGCUUAAAGAGCUGAAGGAGUCACUUGCGGAGGUGGAGGAGAAGUAUAAGAAAGCCAUGGUGUCGAACGCACAGCUGGACAACGACAAAGGGAACCUCAUCUACCAGGUGGACACGCUCAAGGACGUCAUCGAGGAGAUGGAGGAGCACACGGCCGAGACGAGGAGGGAGCUGGAGGACAAGGCGAAGGAACUAGAAAGACAGAAGCACACGUGUACAGUGCUGCAGCAUAAACAGGAAGAGCUGAAGGAGGGGAUCCGCCAGAGGGACGAGCUCAUCGAGGAGAGCCAGCGAACGCAGACUAAGUUAGACGGCCUCACCCGAGAGGUGUUUGACCUGCAGGAGACCAUAAACUGGAAGGACAAAAAGAUCGGGGCCCUAGAGAGGCAGAAAGAAUACUUUGAUUGCAUUAGGAGUGAAAGAGACGAGCUGAGAGACGAUCUGGCGGCCAUGAAGCAGACAGAGAAACACGGGCUGGUCAUCAUCCCAGACGGGACUCCCAAUGGAGACGUCAACCACGAGCCUCUGACCUCCGGGAUCACCGUGGUCUCCCAGGAGGCCGCCCAGGUGCUGGAGUCUGCAGGAGAGGGUCCUCUGGACGUCAGGCUACGGAAGCUGGCCGAGGAGAAGGACGAGCUGCUGUCUCAGAUCAGGAAGCUGAAGGCUCAGCUGGAGGAUGAGCGGCAGAAACACAGCAAGACGGAGGCGUUCACGGACGGGGAGCGGGCGGAGAACGGGACGGACCUGCACGCCAUCGAGAUGCAGCGAGACGCCAACAGACAGAUUAGUGAAUACAAAUUCAAGAUCUCAAAGGCGGAGCAGGAGAUGGGAACAAUGGAACAGAACAUCAACCGACUCGAAGGCCAAGUGAGCCGCUACAAGUCCUCAGCAGACAACUCUGAGAAAGUAGAGGACGAGCUCAAAGUGGAGAAACGGAAACUUCAGAGAGAGCUGCGCACGGCUCUGGAUAAGAUCGAGGAGAUGGAGAUGACCAACAACCAUCUGGUGAAGCGCCUCGAGAAGAUGAAGGCCAACAGGAACGCCCUCCUGUCGCAGCAGUGAGGUCCCCACAGACGACCUCUGACCUCGGACUGCCAUAUUGUGUCUGGAGCACAUUUCCAUUUUUAGCUGUCACACUUUAAGAAUCGUAGCUAACCAAAAACACUGAGGAGAAGCUGUCGCACAGAACACGCUGCGUUUGUUCUUUUAUCGAAGCGUUGGGGAUUUGGGGGAUGACUCGUAAUAAAGUGUAACGCUGUGGGAGGAGCCUCCGAGGAACCUCCUGGAGCCGCCGUCAUGCUCUCCACGAGACGUCCUCUGGCUCUGUGGGUUUUCACAAGCUGCAUGAAUGAGUGUCAAGAUGCUUUUAACCGAUUGGCCCUCAGUGAAGUGCCUUCUCACCACCACAAUGUUUUUAACCGGUACAGAAAGAUGGAAAGAAAAGAAAAAAAAGUGCAUUCUUGAUUUGGAAGACAUGUCAAACUGUUUGCUGCAGUUUCAUUGAACUUUUUCAAAUGUUUAAAAUAUUUCUUGAAAAUAAAUGUAAUUUACAGAA